AUGGCUUCCAGGGCUGGUGGAUUCAUAGGCCGAGGUGCAGGCAGGGCUCAGGGCAGCGCACCGGGAUCUCCACCACGACCUAUGCAGGGGCGAGUAGGGGAUGGACCGGGAGGAGCCGGCGCGAUCUUCGUUGGGGGGUUGCUUACCGUACCGGCGCCGACCUCUCGUCGCUCUUUCCGUUACGACGGCCCUCGGCCCCCUCCUUCGGGGCAGACGCCGACGCAGCCGGAGAGCGGCAGUGAGGAGGAGGAUGAGGAGGAGGAUGGUGAAGGCGAGAAGGAGGAGGACACUGAGGGGACCGGGGAUGACAGCGAGGCGGCGUGGGACCCAGAGACGCAUGGCGGUGGGGAGGGGGGAGAUGAUGAUGAUGAAGACCACGAGAUGGAUGGGUUGGAGCCAGAGGGGCGGGAGGAGGAGGUGGGAGAGGGUGGUGGAAGGGCGGCAACAGAGGCGGGAUCACAGCAUGUGCGUGAAGGAGGAGGGAGCGUGGGGGUUAAGGUGGGGGGGAGAAAGGCCGUGACCAUUAGGGAGCCGAGGCAGAGGAAGAAAGCCAACAAGUUGAGGGAGCGGGCGUAUCCCUGCACGUUCACUGGGGAGCCCUUGGGCGAGGGUGUGAUCGCUCCCGAGUUCCUAGAUGAGGACGGAGGGUCCGAGAGUAGUAAGGGGACUGGCAAGGGGGAGACGUUUCCACGUGGGGGCUAUAAGGGAGUGCCGGAUGGCUACGUCUAUCAGUGGCCACAUGCCAAGACUUGGCCGCAGCUCGCCAAGGGGAAAGGGAUGGCGACUGGUGGAGGUGAUGGGUCAGGAGGGAUGGAGCGGUGGAUGACAACCAAACUGACCUCGGUGCAGCUACGGCAGGCGAUCACGAAGCUGGUGGUCACCUGCGACCUCCCCUUCCGCAUCGUCGAGGCCGAGGCUUUUCGUGAGCUACUCGUCCUGUUAAACCACAACUGCGCGCAGAAAAACUUCAUCCCCUCGCGCUGGACGGUUUCCCGCGACACAGUGGUCUAUGCGGCUGCCGCUCUUCAGUCAGCCAUUGCGGAGAUGCAGGCGAAGGAGGGGGAGCUGGGGUGCAGGGUGUCGUUCACCAUCGACAUGUGGACGUCGCCCAACAACAGGGCGUGGCUAGUGGUAACGGGUCACUGGAUCGACGAGAAUUACCAGCUGCGCACAAUGGUGUUUGAAUUCCGCGAGAUUCACGGGCGUCACACGGGCAAGCAGAUGGCGAGGGUGGUUAAGGAGACGGUGGUGCAGUGGGGGUUGGAGACGCGUUGUCUUGGGUUCACCUCAGACAAUGCCUCCAGCAACACUGCCGCUUUCAGGUGGAUGUCGGAGGAGGGUGGUGGCCAGUGCUUCUUCAACUCGCGCAUGCACUUCCGGUACGAAAGGGAGUGUGCGUGGGAUGUGCGAUGA